AUGUCUCGCCUUACCGGACGUGUUUCUUAUCCAGCAAAGGAAAACUGCUAUUCUUCCUCGAACUAUCGUCGUAUGGACCAUCAGGAUGCUCGUCGUGGAAAUGGAAACAACUAUCGUCAACCGUUCCGAUCCGAAGACAAUGAGGAGAGAUCAAAACCACGUGGAAAGGGAGCUGUCAGAUAUCAAGGAACUUAUAGUGAUAGAUUCCAUCGUCAGGAUCAACAGAAGGACUGUUCCUCAUCGGAUCGAUUCAAUGGAUCAUCUCAAUCUCAAGAGAAACCAAUCUCUCGUAAACCAACUCAAAGAAUCGAGGAUGUGGUUCCAACUGAGGAACUUCUUGAAGUGGAAGAUCUUAUCGACCAGAUCAGUGAUUUGAGUAUCCGAAGUGAUCGAUCAAAACCGAGUUCAUUGCAGACUUAA